AUGGAGCCGACCGCUAAAGAACGGACUGAAAAAAGUUUCAGUUACAUUGUCAGAGCCCCCAGCAGUGAUGGGUUUGAUAUAAUGAAUGUUGAUGUGAAGAUCGACACGUCCUGGAUCUUCCAGGAUGUAGAGGAGAGUGGUGAGGAGCAGGGAUGUUUUCCAGAAGGAGCAGCUGGAAGCCCAGACGUGGACACAGGAACACUCUGCAAGCAGCUGGAAUCCUCGGAGCAGAAGCUGUUGGCAGCUGUGGACAAGUACGUGAUGUCGGAGUCUGGGCUGAGGAGCAGGAUUCAGGAGCUGGAGCUGUCGGAGAGGAACCUCCUCCAGAAGGUGGACCAGCUGAGCACACGUGUGUUCCAGGAGCGAAGCUCCUCUCUCCAGGCCCAGGAGCAGCUGGAUGCACUGCAGGGGGAGCUUGCCACCCAGGUGCAGCGGCUGGAGCUGGACGUGCGGCGCCUCUGCCGCGCCGCCGGCCUCCUGCUGGCCGAGCUGGACGCCCCGAAUCCCGGCGCCCCCCGAUCCCCAGGUCCGGUCGACCUCCGAGGCGCCCCCGAAGGGGCCGCAGAGCUGCGCGCGCUGCGGGCCAGGGCUGAGCGCGAGCGGGAUGAGGCGGCGCGCCGGCUGCGGGAGCAGCGCGCCACCGAGCGGCGGCUCCGCGGGCAGCUGGAAGAGCUGCGCUGCUGCAUCUACGGGCUGAAGCUGUCGGAGAUCGGCCUGCAGGCCCAGGUGGAGGAGCUCACACAGCACAACCAGAGCCUGCGGGGGGAACUGGGAGUCCAGGCCUCCGGGGAGAGAGCGCUCAGCAAGACCCCCGCUGGUCCCCGUAGUCUGGAUGCCCUGGGCCAUGUUCAGGAUGAAUCGCUGCCCCUGCCCCUGGAGGAGGCGCUGGAUGCUUGCAGAAGCCAAGACCCCGACGGGGCACCUAGACCGAGGGACUCAGCAGGCCAGCCCUCCAAGGGGCCCCAUGCCUGGGGCUGUGUCCUGGCUGGACAAGGACCUCCUGUUUUGGUCCCUGGCCCACAGACCACGAACAAGCUCCCCAGAGACCUUGCAGGAUCUGACCAUGGACAGUUUACUCCAGCGGAGCCCAGCUCGGAUGACCAGACUCUCCUUCUCAUCUGUGGCUGCCCGCCGGGGCAGUCCACGGAUGGCUCACCACUCCCUUUGGAGCUGGCCUGGGUUCCAGGGCAAAAGCUCACAGCCACACCAGCCCAGGGGUCCUCUCUCCGUCUGCAGGCGUCUGCACGCCCUCCCCAGGGCCAGGCUGCGGGCCCAGCUCCCUUGCCACUGCUACUCCUGGAAGCUCCCCCAGAAAUACUGCACACCCAACAGGUGCUGGAGGCCCGGCCCCUGCCCGCUCCCUCUGUAGCAGGACACCCUGGCCGGGGCCACCACCGUGCAAGAGGCCGCACUGCCUUCCUCGGCCAAGAGGCCUCGCACAUUUCACAUCACCAGUUUCCCAGGAGAGGAUCUGAGGAUGGAAAAGACUCUGGGAAGGAGGGAGGAGGAGCCCCAGGGUCAGGGUGGAGAUUGGAGAGGCGAGAGGUGAGGACUUGGGGCAGAAAGCAGGCAGAAAGCAGGGACAGGUGUCAGCCGGAUCAGGAAAGAGGGGAGAGUCUGAGGGUGGAGGCUGGGAUCAGGGCCCCAGAGGGCGCAUGGAUGAAGGCCAGAUGGAUGAAGGCCAGGGCUUCUGAACCCCUAGCCGCAGCAUCUUGCUCUGGGCGCAGGCGGGAGCUUCCACUGCUUAUUCUUCAGGGGGAGACCUCAGUGUCCUUGGAGGGUCCUGAAUCCCUGAGCAGGAGGGGACAUGAGGAAGGGCAUGUCUGGGGCCUCCAACGAGGAGAAGGAGAAGAAGGAGCAGGAGGAGGGCUUUUAUCAUCAUCAUCAGAGGAAGAAGCCGCUGCAGCCACCUUCUCCGGGUCUCAGGGCACCAAUGGGCCGCCUUCAGUGGAUGCCCAGCCCCUUAGAGAGCAGAGCAGAGCCGUCGGGAGAGUUCAGGGCAAGGAGGAAGACUCUGUGUGGUCUGGAAACGCUCUGCUUCCCCCCGAGGGAAGCCCUUGGGGGGACGGACAGGAAGAAGAGGAGAAGGAGGUGUCCAGCCCGGGUUGCAGGGAUGUCCCGGAGGAGCCUGGCUCGGAGGACAGUAAGGCCGAGGAAAUGCUUUCCCAGCUGGAGGAAGGAGGUUUGCCACCGUCUCCUGGAUUGGCCUUCUGGUCCGAGGAGGCCGGAGCCACCCGUCACCCCUCGGCUCCUAGCAGAGGCCCUGACCAGUCUGCACUCAGAAUAGAGGAGUUUGAAAAGGAGAUGGAGGCUUGUUUCCAACACCUCUCCAUCCUGAACCUUGGGAGAGGGGGGCAUGGAUGGAGAGCUUCCUCGGUGGCAGGAGAGAACUGGGGCUUUGCUCAGAGAUGGUGCAGCUGCCAGGGGGUCGUGCACCCCCAGCAGGCUUUGACAAACCUGGGUUUGGAUAUUUGUUUUGUUGAGGGAGAAAACCCCAAGGAGCCUGGUGAAGAUGUUAAGCCGGGAGAGACUGAGGUCCUGAGAACCUGCAGCCUUCUUCCAGGACUGAUGUUGGAUUUGGUCGACCUGAGCCCGGAUCCUCCAGAGGGGCCCUCCGAGCGUGGUGGGAACCACCUCUCGCAGCUGCCAAGAGCCCUUGAGAGAGCACAGAGCAGGUUUUAUCAGCUCAUUUCUGGAUUGAAGAAUGAGAGAAACAACGUUUUAAGUGAUAAUGCCAGGCUUCAGGGAGAUCGGAAGAGAUGCCAUCAAAAACUGUGCGCCCUGGAAAAAGAGAGGGAGAGAAACGUGAAAAAAAUAUCUGCGCUCGAACAGGAUAAGAGCGUGCUGUUAGGAGACAUCUCUCACUUAAAGAGGGAACUGGACCAGUAUGUGCAGGUCAUUUCUGAGCUUGAAGAUUGCAACAGGAAGAGUUACUGCAAGAUUUCUGAGCUCGAAGAGGAAAAUGAAAGAUUGAAAGGGCACCUGGGGCAAAUCCAGAAAGCCAUGUCCACGAACAUCCGAAAAUCCAAAGGUGUGAUGCAGCACGUCGCCCUGGAAAACUGGGAGCUCGGUGCGCUGACUUCGGAGCUCGGGGUCAGUUACAAACAGCUGAUAAAGGAUAUCGUCCUGGGAAUAGAAGGCAUGAUCCGGGCCUUCAGGGGGGAGAACGAACACCUUCUAAGAAGGAUCCAAGUCCUGGAAGCAGAGGUUGCGUUGGGGAGCAGCACAGAUGGGGGGCCUUUGGUGAGAGCCCAGGAGCGUCUCCAGGGGAAAAGCACGAUGGACCAGGUGAACACGGUAGAAAGAGGGGUGCAGGUGACUCAGAUUUCAGGGAAACUGACUGCAAGAGGCCCCGGGCCGCCCUCGGAGCAGGAUAGGGGUCUGGCUGGGGGACGGACAGGACUGUGCUUAAGCCUGGACAAUUCCAGAUGCGGUGCUGAUUCUACUGCUCCAUCACUGGUCUGGGGAGAUGCCACAGGAUCCAGGGCCCUGCAAGGAAACACUGAUGGGGCAGGAGUGAAAGAAGCGCAUUUGGAGAAAGAGAAAAAAGCACCAAGCUGUUCUGCAGACCGAGGGCGAGCACUGAGGUCCCCGCGCGGUGGCAUCCGGCUCCAGGACCAGGAGGCCUCGGCCUCCAAGGAGGACCUCAGACUGCGCGUCAGACAACUCCAUCACCAAGUACUGACCCUGCAGUGCCAGCUCCAAGACCAGGGGUCUGCGCACCGCGAGCUGCAGGCCUCUCGUGAGGAAGCAGCGCAUCUCAGGGGCAAGCUUGACGAACUUCAGAAGAAGCACCAUGAAGCGAAUUUGGCUGUGACGCCUUUGAAGGCCAAGCUGGCUUCCCUGGUUCAGAAGUGCCGGGAGAGGAACCACCUGAUCACACACCUGCUUCAGGAGCUGCGCAGACACGGGGCGGAGAACCACCUGCUCUCCGGGAUGGCGGACAACAUGGUGAACGACGUAGCACUGGCCGAGUACGCGGCCACCUUCCUGGCUCCGAGGGUCCCAGAGACAAGCCACCACCUGGACGUCGAAUCUGAGAUGACGGCAGUUGUCAGAGUUCAGAAAUGCCUCCUGAAUCCCCAAAUGGACAGUGUCCUGCAGAGACCUUUGCAUUCAGAGUCCUGGCCUAUUCCUGAGACUGAGUGGCCAGCAUGGACAGCUCAACCGGAUUCUUUGAAGCUUCCCCUGCCCUCGGGGCUGAUAGCCGAUCCUGAAAUAUGCCAGGCUUCCGUCACCAUGGAACCAGGGCUCCCUGUGCAAUGUCUGCAAGAGAAAGGCGGAAUGUCCUGGCCUGGCCUCCAGUCUGAUGACCUCCUGCCGUCUUCCGAGCUCCUGAGCCCCGCACGGAUCCUGGCUUUGCACCAAGAGCUUCGACGAGGCAUCAGCAGCACUUCCCAGCCACAUAGCCUCACCCAGCUUCCUCGAAGUUAACACCCCAGGUGCCUAACCAGAGCAUAAGGAUGGAAAUGAAUAGAUUGAUUUUGAGGAGGCCUGGGAGGCCAUCAAGACAAAGGAAAAGCACCUCCGAGAGCGAGCGUUGGCUCACCAGGCCGCUACCAUCUUCAUUAGCGCACGGGAUGUGUCAUGGGUCAUCACAAUCAUCCACGGUUCCUCAGAUCGGUUUGCCCAUGGAUCCACCCAUUCAUUUGUUCAGUAAGCGUUUGAUUUAACUGCCACGUGAGCGCCGGGACCUCGGGGAGGUGCUAGGAAACAGGAAGCAAGCAGAUGUCUGUCUCCAGCCUCCAGGACCUCCUGGAAGAUGGCCCCAUCACACACUGAGUCCCCAGAUUGGAAUGUCAUCCUCACCCUCACAGUCUGAACCAGCCCCGCCACCCCGUGACUGCCGAUCGUGCGGCAUCCAGCAGAGACCUUCACUACACUGGUUUGCAGUCGUCUCUUUUGCCCUAUCCCUGCUUUUUUCUGGAACAAUGCCAUUCGCUCUGAGCACUGGGACUGCCCUCAAGACAAGCUGGGAACCCAGGAUUGUCAGAGUGAGCAGCCAGCUGAGCCGCAGGGCCGAGCCCGCCGGAGGGAGUCAAGGCCAUUUCUGGUCCCCAGACACUCCUGCCAGGUUCAGACAUCGGUGUCCUUGAGUGCUUCCUUCUGCCACUGCUCACGUUUGGGGCCUCAGCAGAGAGGCCCCGGGGGAAAAAUCCAUUAAAGAAGUCACAGCAGUCUUGGCAGCGUAACCCGAUGAUUCCAUAAUAAAUCACAGUCUGAAGCCAGGAGCCACUUAGUACUCUGAGCCGGGAGUCCCACCUGAAGUGGCACUUUGGAUCUCCUUGCACUGGGUCACUGCUUUGUAUGGUGAUUCCUCCUGAUGGCACUUUUUCAAGAUCAGACUCUGGGAGCUUCCCGGCCUGAACCAUAGAUUUCAGCCCUUGGAAGGGACCCUGUGUUCCCCUGCUGCCGUUGGUGGGCCUGAUGGGACCAGGGCCCAACCUGGUUGGAGCUUCCCAGGCCGGGGACAGGACCUUCCCAGGGUGACCAAACAAGGUCAGGCAGGAACUUGACCCACCGGAGCUGGCUCGGGCCAUCCCACGCUUCAGGAGUGACCCGAGGCUUCUGGAGACUAGCCAGAUGGUCCAGCCUGGCCGCCUCUGCAGAAAACAAUUCAUUACAUGGCUGUCAGCAAGCAGCAGCCGUGGCCGCCUUGGGGAAGCCCGGCCAAGCUAUGCAGAACAGGAGCCCUGCACACAGCAAGAAGCUCAUGGAGAAUCUUGCCUCCUCUGUUCCCGUCCUGUCCCUGCGGACCUGCCGGCUGCUUCCGGUCAGAGCAAACAAAGG